AUGUGCUCAGUUCAUACGGCACGUGCGUACACCGUCCUCGAUGGGCAAUGCUGGCCUGAAACCACAUUACAGACUGUCACGCUCCAGUCACACAUUACAACUACCCCGUCCAGGACGGUUGAACUCGCGAACCCUAUCAUCAGUCCUCCCAGGCCGUCGCCAGUUUUCCAUCUUCCGUGGCCCUGGACCUUCCCACCGCUGUGCACCUCUCCUCUUCCUAGCAUACAAUCCAGCUUGUGUGUCUUCACAAGCACAGCCUUUGCAUCAGGCCGUGGCAUUUCCAUCGUCACUACCCCAGAACUCGCUGCACAUUUUGCUUCCCUCCCUGCCUUCACAUCUCCUGCACUAGAGACCGACAAGACCAACAAGUUCAGCGGAUCAUGGUUCACGUCUAGCAUCCCACACAAAGGCACCGGAACCCUCGCCCUGCACAAUCUAGCGCCCCACACGCAAAUCCUGCGCUACACACCAGUAUUUCUCGCCCACCUGGAAGCUGACCUUCCAACGCUCGACCGUGAGGCCCUCUGGCGCGUAGCAAUCACGCGCCUCCCAUCAGCAGCCCGCCUCUCUUUCUUGGACCUAACCUAUAUCUACGGCGACGCGCGCGUGCGCAUCCAAGACGUCACCAAAGCGAAUACGUUCCAGCUCUCCAUCCGCGACGCCAACCACCUCGCCAUCUUUCCGGAGACCAGCCGCUUGAACCACGACUGUGCGCCUAAUGCGCAGUACGUGCUGGAUCCGAACCUGCUGACGCACACUGUGCAUGUCACGCGCGAAGUCCCCGAGGGUGAUGAGAUCACAAUCGCGUAUACGAGUCCCCUUGACAGCGUAGCCACGCGGCGCGAGCGGCUGGCGGAUGGCUUCCACUUUGAGUGUCGGUGUCAGAGGUGUCUUCAUAGCGAGCGCUCAGAUGGAGUGCUGGCGCGUAUCAGUGAGUUGCAAGGCCAGUUGAAUGAUUGGAGCGCUGCCUCGCGUGCGAGUCCGGACAUGGCGGAGGAACUGCUGAGCUUGUAUGUUGGGGAGGGGUUGGAGGGUUUUUUGGAUGUGCCGUAUGGGUUUGCGGCGUUGGCAUUCAAUGCAGUCGGGAGGAUAGACGAGGCCAGAGUAUGGGCUGGAAAGGCUAGAAGUGCGGUGAUUAUGAAAGAUGGUAAGGAUGCGGACGCGUUGAGGAUUUGGAAUAGCUUGUUGGACGACACCGAAGCGCAUUGGAGUUUUAGAAAACGCUUGUAG